AACCGCCGCCGUCCUCUGUCAUAAUCCAAAAUGGCAGCCACCAUAAGAAGCCUGUUCCAGACCUCUGCGAGGUUUGCAGCUGGACGUCUGAACGUCGCAGCAGCAGCUCAACAUGGCGUCUCUGGAGCUGCACGGGCCCUCGCUGCUCCUUCACUGCAGAGAGCCUGUCUCUCCACCAGCUCUUCCAGAUGGACUCCUGCUGUCACUCAGCCGGCUCCUGCUUUUAAGGCCACAGCUGUUCUCAACGGGGAGUUUAAGGAAAUGAGCCUCGAGGAUUUCAAGGGCAAAUACCUGGUUCUCUUCUUCUAUCCACUGGAUUUCACCUUCGUUUGUCCAACGGAGAUCAUUUCCUUCAGCGACAAGGCCAACGAGUUCCACGACGUCAACUGUGAGGUGGUGGGCGUGUCCGUGGACUCCCACUUCACCCACUUGGCGUGGAUCAACACUCCACGCAAGACUGGAGGUUUGGGCCAAAUCCACAUCCCUCUGCUGUCCGACCUCAACAAGCAGGUGUCUAAAGACUAUGGAGUCCUGCUGGAGGGUCCGGGCAUCGCACUCAGGGGUUUGUUCAUCAUUGACCCACACGGUGUGGUGAGGCACAUGAGUGUCAACGACCUGCCGGUGGGCCGCUGUGUCCAAGAGACCCUUCGUCUGGUGAAGGCGUUCCAGUUCGUGGAGACGCACGGUGAAGUGUGUCCGGCCAGCUGGACCCCCGAGUCCCCAACAAUCAAACCAACACCAGAGGGAUCCAAGGAAUACUUUGAAAAAGUCAACUGACAAAGUUUGGAACAUUUUCAGCUACAACAUUAAAUGUUACAAAUGUAUGAAUAAAUUAAUGACUUUGUGAAGAUGUAUUUAGUCCUGUUCAGCUGAAUGCACUAAUAAAUAUAUUAUUUAUAGUU